GGGUGCCUUCUCCCUCUCCUUUUUUUUUCUCAGAGAACAAUGAAUAAGAAAUAAACCCAGCCUUUCUCGUACAAACUUUAUUUCGGGAUAAACAAACGGCCACGACUGAUAAAGAAACAAAAUUUUAAGUGGAAAAUCCUGUUUGUUGAAAGUACGACAAGUUAGAAAUACCGCCCUUUUGCAACCUCUGAUGAAACAGAUGGUUUAAACAGAGACUGUCAGUGGAUAAAACCAUUAGACGACUCUCUGGAAUCUGUGACUAUGUUGCCUGACAUGGCGAAAGAGACACUGAAGAUGUGGGUGAAGAUCUUGAGGUGGGGACAGGAUCCAGGUGAGUCCAACUGAAUCCCACGCGAGCCUUUAAAGGCAGAGAAGUGGUUCCACCUGAGGUCAGAGAGGGUCGACUACAGAGGAGGCAGGCGAGGUGUCUGAGCUGCUCUCGGGGAAUGUGAGGCCUCUGGGGGCUCACCGCCCACCAAGAGGCAGGCACCUCCAUCCUACAGCACGUGGAACCAGGCUCACCCACUGGCAGAGCGACCCCAGCACCUCCAGUUGCAGCAUGUGGGUCUAGCUCCCUGACUGGUGAUCAGUCCUGAGCUCCCUGCAUUGGCAGUGUGGCGUCUUAACCACUGGACCACCAGGUCUGCAGAUCUUCCGAGCAUCUGAAAGUCUAGCCUCGGAGAAGCGCACAGCCGCGCUCAAUAAAUGCUCCCUUGUGAGCGAGCACGAGAAAUCGGCUGCCAAUAGACUCGUGUUGAUCCUUAAGUUGGGAACACCUGAGGGCGUGAGCCCUUGUUAAAUGAACCCUUAUCGUUUUCUCUGACGCGCCCGCGUUUGUCUUCAUUUUACGGAUGAAGAAUCAGAGGCUCAGAGACGUGGAGUGACCGCCCUAAGGCCGCAUAGCGCCCCAGUGGCUAAGCCUGUAUUGCAGACCUGGAGUGUCGGCUCCAAGCCAGUGCCAAGGGCAGUCAGAGAACUGCGGAAGGGAAGAGCCUGUCAACAGCAGGCCUCUGGAGGUGCCAGCUGUUUGGAACUGAAACACUACGGAAGGGGAAGCAUCGGGUGAGGGCCGGGCCCCUUGGGGGCUGAUGGCCGGAGGACUGCUGAAUGUAUCCUGGGUCCUGAGUUUGCUCUGUGUGCUGCAAAUGGUGGAGACAGUGUCUGGGGCCAGGGCCCCAUCUGCAGGGGCCCACAUUAGCUCCCAGUUUCCAGCCUCAGGUGUGAGCCCGACUGGCGUGGUAGACUGUCGAGAAGUGUGUGGCCUGAACGCCUCUGACCGCUGUGCCUUCGUCCGCACCAACCCCGACUGCCGCAGUGACGGGGGCUACCUGGACUACCUCGAGGGCAUCUUCUGCCACUUCCCAGCCUGCCUCCUCCCUCUGGCCAUCACCCUCUACGCUUUCUGGCUGCUUUAUCUGUUUCUGAUUCUGGGAGUCACCGCGGCGAAGUUCUUCUGCCCUAACCUGUCGGCCAUUUCCACCACACUCAAGCUUUCCCACAACGUGGCAGGCGUCACCUUCCUGGCGUUUGGGAACGGGGCCCCGGAUAUCUUCAGCGCCCUGGUGGCCUUCUCGGACCCGCGCACAGCUGGCCUGGCCUUUGGGGCCCUGUUUGGCGCGGGCGUGCUGGUCACCACCGUGGUGGCCGGUGGGAUCGCCAUCCUGCGUCCCUUCACGGCGGCCUCCAGGCCCUUCCUCAGAGACAUCAUCUUCUACAUGGCGGCCGUGCUGCUGAUCUUCACCGCGCUCUACUGCGGCAGGGUCACGCUGGCGUGGGCCCUGGGUUACCUGGGCUUCUAUGCGUUCUACGUGGUCACCGUGGUUCUCUGCACCUGGAUCUACCAAAGGCAGCGGAGGAGAUCCUUGGUCUGCUCCAUGCCGGCCACCCCAGAGAUACUGUCAGAUUCCGAAGAGGAGCGGAUGUCUUCCAACACCAAUAGCUAUGACUAUGGUGAGGAGUACCGGCCGCUGCUCCUGUACCCGGAGACCACGGCCCAGAUCCUGGUGCAGGCCCUCAACCCCCUGGAUUACAGGAAGUGGCGGACCAAGCCCGUGUACUGGAGGGUCCUCAAGGUGUUCAAGCUGCCCGUGGAGUUCCUGCUGCUCCUCACCGUCCCCGUCAUGGACCCCGACAAGGAGGACAGGAACUGGAAGCGGCCCCUCAACUGCCUGCACUUGGUCAUCAGCCCCCUGUUCCUGACCUUGACCCUGCAGUCGGGGGCCUAUGGCGUCUAUGAGAUAGGUGGCCUCUUUCCUGUCUGGGCCGUGGUGGUGAUUGUGGGCACGGCCUUGGCUGCAGUGACCUUUUUUGCCACAUCCAACAGCGAGCCCCCCAGGUUUCACUGGCUCUUUGCUUUCCUGGGCUUCCUGACCAGCGCCCUGUGGAUCAACGCAGCUGCCACAGAGGUGGUGAACAUUCUCCGGUCCCUGGGUGUGGUAUUCCGGCUGAGCAACACCGUCCUGGGGCUCACGCUGCUGGCCUGGGGGAACAGCAUUGGAGAUGUCUUCUCAGAUUUCACGCUGGCCCGUCAGGGCUACCCGAGGAUGGCGUUCUCGGCCUGCUUCGGUGGCAUCAUCUUCAGUAUCCUUUCUGCGGUGGCCCUUCCCUCAGUGCUGGGAGCCAAGGAUGGGCUCUAUUCCUCCCCCUCGGGACGGGCUUUCACAGGAACGCCUGGGGCAGACUUCCUGAACUGGACUGCAGAUAUGCUGGUGGGAGUGGGGCUGGGCUGCCUGCUCCAGAUCUCCAGGAGCCACAUGGAAGUGAAGCUGGAGCCGGACGGACUGUUGGUGUGGAUCUUGGCUGGCACCCUGGGCCUCAGCCUCGUCUGUUCCCUGGUCUUGGUGCCGCUGCAGUGCUUCCAGCUGAGCCGAGUUUACGGCUGCUGCCUGCUCCUCCUCUACCUGACCUUCCUCGUGGUGGCCCUGCUCACUGAAUUUGGAGUGAUUCACUUGAAAACUGUGUGAGUGAUGCUGUGUCAGGGUCCGCCUGGUGGUCGGGAGGUGUCACUGCAGGCGGUGAGACGGAGGACAAAGUGCCUUCUGCAGAACCCGCGUGGCCCCAACUGUGAACGGGGUGUGGGUUUGUGGGGGCUGUGCUCUCUGCCAAAGAUUCCAGGUCACUGCCGUGCGCAGUGAGGACAGUCAAACGUUGUUUCUGGGACUAUGGUGACGGGGCUUCCCUGUGGACAGAGUCCCAGCAGCAGGUGGAAGACUUCCUUGCAUUACCUCCAGAGCCUCUUUUGAAGGUCGGGAUCUGGGUCGAAGAGGGGAGCCUGGAUGCCUUCCAGGCUGGUUCAGGAAGACCCCAAAGAGUUCAGGGCUGGAGGCGGUUAGUCACCCCUUGCUGCCUUCUUGCAAUGUUUCUCAGGGCUCAGAGGGCUGCCAAACCAGGGUUUAGGGAAUCAGGGUGACUCGGACCUGGCAGAUAGCCCGUGUCGGGUCAGCAUACAAAGUGUUCUGAGUUUUGGAGCUGCACCGUCCAGCAGAAAUAGGAGACAUGACCCUAAUUGUGAAUUUCUGAGUCGCCAUGCUAAUAAAGCCAAAAGAAAAAGGUGGAAUUAAUCACAAUACGUAUUGCUCCACAAUGGCAGCCAGUGGCAAUGGCCCAUCAGCGCCUCCAAAUUAGACGGUGCAGCUCCAGGCUCUGCCUCUAGAACUGUCUGCUGGCUUCAGAGGUUUCCCUAGCUGCAAAACAGGAGUCAGUUUGACGGUGCCUGGUGCCUACCUCAGGGGGAGCCCUGGCCUGGGGUUCCCCUGCCUGCAAGCUCUGGGAGGGUGGUGAGCACUCCCGGGUGCCUUCCUGCUGGCAGCCAGUGACCCCCUUUUUAAUAAGCCUUUUUCCAUUUGCUUGAUGCCUUAGGCCAGCAGUAAAGGGAUUCAACUGUCUUUUCUUCCAAUGAACAUAAUUAUUAAAUAUUUCAAGGAUACAGAAAAUAACAUA